UUUACCUAGGCAUGAGUAAUAUCUACAAUCUCGAGCCAGUAACGAAAGGGAAAGUCUUGUUGACAACAACUCACGGGGAUAUAGAGAUAGAGCUCUGGGCUCGAGAGGCACCGAAGGCAUGUAGGAACUUCGUUCAGUUGUGCUUAGAAUGUUAUUAUGACGAUACGAUAUUUCAUCGGCUAGUAAAAGGAUUCUGUAUACAAGGAGGUGAUCCCACAGGUACUGGAACGGGGGGAGAUUCUAUUUACGGAGAAGAUUUCGCAGAUGAGUUCCACCAGCGUCUUAAGUUCAACAGAAGAGGUCUGCUGGCCACGGCUAACAAAGGGGAGCCCAACUCAAAUGGCUCGCAGUUCUUCUUCACUCUUGGGGAAGCACCGGAGUUGCAGAAGAAACACACGAUCUUUGGGAAGGUGACGGGGAACACCAUCUUUAACGUGUUGAGAAUGGCGGAGAUGGAAACAGAUAAUAAUGAGCGACCUCUCGAGCCUCCAAGUAUCAGGAAAACCGAGAUCCUCAACAAUCCGUUUGAUGAUAUAGUUACUAGAGAUAUUAAGCAUAAAACUGGCGAAGAGAAGAAGAAAGAAAAGAAGAAGAAAAGUCAGAUGAAGGCUACAAAGAAUUUCAAACUUUUGUCGUUCGGAGAAGAAGCUGAGGAAGACGAGGAAGAAGUCCAACAGGUAAAUAUUGCUGCUGCAGAGUGUUUGUCAGAGCGUAUGGCAGACCGUGUGUCCGAGCGUAUGUCAGAGCGUGUGUCAGAGCGUGUGUCCGAGCGUAUUUCAGAGCGUGUGUCAGAGCAUAUGUCAGACCGUGUGUCCGAGCGUGUGCCCGAGCGUGUGUCCGAGCGUGUGUCCGAGCGUGUGUCCGAGCGUGUGUCCGAGCGUGUGUCAGAGCGUAUAUCAGAGCGUGUGUCCGGGCGUAUGUCAGAGCGUGUGUCAGAGCGUAUGUCAGAUCGUGUGUCAGAGCGUGUGUCCGAGCGUAUGUCAGACCGUGUGUCCGAGCGUGUGCCCGAGCGUGUGUCCGAGCGUAUUUCAGAGCGUGUGUCAGAGCGUGUUCCGGGCGUAUGUCAAAGCGUGUGUCAGAGCGUAUGUCCAAGCGUGUGUCCGGGCGUAUGUCAGAGCGUGUGUCAGGGCGUAUGUCCUAGCGUAUUUCAGAGCGUGUGUCAGAGCGUGUUCCGGGCAUAUGUCAAAGCGUGUGUCAGAGCGUAUGUCCGAGCGUGUGUCCGGGCGUAUGUCCGAGCGUGUGUCAGAGCGUGUGUCAGAGCGUAUGUCAGAGCGUGUGUCCAGGCGUAUGUCAGAGCGUGUGUCAGAGCGUAUGUCAGAGCGUGUGUCAGAGCGUGUGUCCGAGCGUAUGUCAGAGCGUGUGUCCGAGCGUGUGCCCGAGCGUGUGUCCGAGCGUAUUUCAGAGCGUGUGUCAGAGCGUGUUCCGGGCGUAUGUCAAAGCGUGUGUCAGAGCGUAUGUCCGAGCGUGUGUCCGGGCGUAUGUCAGAGCGUGUGUCAGAGCGUAUGUCAGAGCAUGUGUCAGGGCGUAUGUCCUAG